UCUUUUCAUCCAUGAGAGAAAAAAAGCGUCUGCAACGAAACUUUUCUUAAAUGAGUUUAGCAUCUAUCUGAACAAUCUUAACUAUGAUCGAUAUAAAACAUUGCUCGAAUAGUUUGUUGGUUGGUUUUAUGAUACCCUUUUAGAACGUACAUCUUGAUUCGAGUUUCGAACAUUCGCGUUGAUGAUUCUACAUACAUAACUGCGAUAUGAACCCACGUUAUUAAACAUUUUCCUUCUUACUUAAAAGGCAAUGCAACAUUUCCCAAUUAUUGUUAUCAUUAAGGCAAAGUUAAAAAGCGAUUUAAUCAAGUACUUAGUUGAAAGUAAGUAUGUGAGUGAUGCCGGCGGUUCCUAGAUUAGGAGACAAAGGGAGGCUACGUGAUUGGUAAAUUGGGGACAAAACCAAAGAAUCAUUGUACUUGUUGUCACCUUAAAUGAUAAAAACAAACAAUUAUAAGCUUACUUAUUACAUAAAGACGAAUUGGCAGUUGUAUUGUAAUGAUUCCAUGUUACAUACUUACAAACACAAGCAAGAACGCUUUUUUGUGUUAUUUGACAAUUGUCAACAACCUGGCCGCCUUCCUCAUCAACUUGCUUCUUGGUUUUAAUCUUCAAAAUUUCACAUAUAAAUAAUAAUAAUAAUAAUAUUAAGAGAUGAUAUCUAUGCCGUGCCCGAAACAUUGACAAAAACCACUCUCCCUAUCGAAAACUACUCGAAAUAGACUUCGAUUUCUUGGUUAUCUUAAUUAUCGAUUAACCGAACCAUUUUUAAAACCAAAAACCAUUUUGUCCAACCUCCAAUAACCGACCGAAGUUCGGUUACUUCGGUUACCGGUUCAUCAUCCAAGUUUCUUCGUAAGAACCGACAGCAUUCCGGCAGGCGGCCUGCUCGGCAUCUGCUAGUCCAAUAAACAAGAGGCCCAAGCCCAUUUUCUUUAUUCAAAUUUUUUUUCUGUAAAAGCCUUAAGAGGGUGGUGGACUGUUCCGAGGCAGGCCCAUAUGAAAACCGUACCUUCGGCCCCAAAGGCCCAAGCCCAUUUUCCUAAUUUCUUGGCCCAAGCCAAAGUCAGAGGUCAACUCUCUCGUAUUAAUCCUUUGCCGCCACCGGCGGCAACCACAACUUUUCUUCUUGCAACAGUCUGGUAGCUCUCAUCGUUACCGGUUUUUGAUGCUGUGGAUUUGAUUUAAUAAGCAGGUCAACCAUUUCCCUUCCAUAAAGAAAUGAAAUGAGGCCUUGUAGGCCACGGAAAUCGCUUCCCGGAAAUCUCCAUAUAGAGAUUCCUUCCUCCAUAGCUUGGAACUCAGAACCUUCUCCUCCUCUGUUCUUUGGCUCACAAAAAUGUCGGGUAUCGACAGUAGAAGUGCCUGGCUUCAUGAUCGCCGGAGAAAUCCCGGCAUUGAUCAACCCAGUAGUCGAGGCAAAAAGUACAAGAGCAAGAAAGCCGUAGCGGAUCGCUCUCAAUUACUAGUUGCAGCGGCGGUAGCAGCAGCUGGGUAUCCAAUCAGGUGGAACGACCUUCCCCUGAAGCUCGCGAUCAAUCUAGUGUCGAGUAAUGGCACGCGACUGGAAAAUGUCUCUCCCGGUGGCGUCACCAAAUCAUGGCGGUCACAAAAACAAACAAAUAAAUGCAAGUCCAGUCCUCCUCCGGCCACUCUGCCACAACUUCAGCUAUUCACCCCUGAAACCUCCGGUACCGUUCCGGUCUCUGUUUAUUCUUCCUUAUUUUCUACCGGAAAUCGGUGGCUGACCAGGAAAGACGGCCCCUUUCAUCGAUGCAAGCCCCAACUAGUCGGAUUUUCCAUCGAAAUGGCACGGGCUACAGGGAGAAUCCCCGAUCGCCUUCGCUAUUAUCUGAUAAAUCUAGAGGAUGUUAAUUCGUAUUGGGGAUGUCUCCCUUGCUGGAACUGGGCUGCCGACGAUGACUCACAUCGCCCAAUCCAUAGAAGCACAAUCGAGGAUGCGGUGGUGAUUGUCCUGACUGGGUUGUCCCUCCCUGCUUUCGCCUGUUUUCGGUCGGAUGAACAAUUGCGAAAUUUCGCCUGGAAGAAGCACGAUUCACCAAUUAACGACCCAAAUGGAUCGGGGGCCGAUCGGUUUGUGACGCUGUGCAGCGGGAUUUGGUUGAGAGGGAAGUUGUAUGCUCUGAGUCUGCAGGGGACUCUGGUUGUCAUCGAACAAGAGCGCGGCAGCUUCUCUUCCACUUCGCAGAAUCGCGGCUUCAGAGUCGGUUCCAUGGGCGAGCAGAGGAUGGUUCCUGGUGUUCCGUGCAAGCAUUUCCGUGAAAUCCUGGUGGAAUCGGAAGGAGAGAUUCUGCUGGUAUUUCUCAUCUUCAGGAAAUCUGUGGAAUCUGUGGAUGGGGUGGAAGUGCGCCGCCUUGAUACCCGGAAGCUGGAAUGGGUUCGCCUGCACGACUUGGGAAGCAGAGUGCUGUUCUUCGGGACCAAUUGCUGCGUUAGUGUACCCGCCGGUGAAGCAGAAGAAUUGGGUUGCCGCCGGAGAAAUUGUGUUUAUUUCAAGAACACUUGCUCGGGGACCUGGUCCCAAUAUGAUAUGGAAAUGGGCACGAUCAAUCGCGUUACUGGCCUGCAAGAUUGAUCGGAUUCUGUAGUUUGAUAGAAAGUCGACCAGACUGAGAGUUCUUGGUGUAAUUUUCCUUUAACCUGCACAAAUAAAUACAUCUAUGGUCG